GCCUUCUUUUCUGCAAAUGCUGCUGCUCAAGCUUCCAGAAAAUCAUCUCCCAGGGUGACUAAUGAAGCUGUCCAGAAGGCUGCUGCUGCGUUAAAGGGUUCUGAUCACCGCCGUGCAACAAAUGUAAGUGCCAGACUCGAUGCUCAACAGAAGAAACUAAAUCUUCCGAUCCUCCCCACCACAACUAUUGGUUCCUUCCCUCAGACCAUCGAGCUCAGGAGAGUUCGUCGUGAGUAUAAGGCCAAGAAGAUCUCUGAGGAGGAUUACAUCAAGGCUAUUAAGGAGGAGAUCAACAAGGUUGUCAAGCUUCAGGAAGAGCUCGAUAUCGAUGUUCUUGUUCAUGGAGAGCCAGAGAGAAACGAUAUGGUUGAGUACUUUGGUGAGCAAUUGUCCGGCUUUGCCUUCACAGCCAAUGGGUGGGUCCAAUCCUAUGGAUCUCGCUGUGUAAAGCCGCCAAUCAUCUAUGGUGAUGUGAGCCGCCCGAAACCUAUGACUGUUUUCUGGUCAACUGCUGCCCAGAGCAUGACCAAGCGCCCGAUGAAAGGAAUGCUUACGGGUCCCGUCACCAUUCUUAACUGGUCUUUCGUCAGAAAUGAUCAACCUAG